UGGAGGCUGGUUCUGCGCCGGAUCCGGGCGAGGGGCGGGCGCCAUUGUGUUUCUCUGCGGAGUGCUCUGGUUUAUUUAGGGGCCCUGAUCUCCGAGGAAGACGGCGGUGGUCGCUUCGAGCAGGACGCGCCCUGUACAGUGCCAGCUCGGGAGCAGGGGAAACCUCAAGAAUGGAUUCUAAACCGUCAAGGAUUCCAAGAAGAAUUUCAGUCCAACCCCCCACCUCUUUAAGUGCUAGGAUGAUGUCUGGAAGCAGAGGGAAUAAUUUAAAUGAUACCUAUCACUCAAGAGACUCUUCAUUUAGACUGGAUUCUGAAUAUCAGUCUACAUCAGCAUCAGCAUCUGCAUCACCAUUUCAGUCUACAUGGUAUAGUGAAUCUGAGAUAACUCAGGGAGCACGAUCAAGAUCACAAAACCAGCAACGGGAUCAUGAUUCAAAAAGACCUAAACUUUCCUGCACAAACUGUACAUCUACCUCAGUUGGGAGAAAUAUUGGACAUGGUUUAAAUGCAGUAUCAGAUUCUUCAUGGAGACAUAAUCAGGUUCCCAGAUCUUCAUCAAUGGUACUUGGAUCAUUUGGAACUGACUUAAUGAGAGAGAGAAGAGAUUUAGAGAGAAGAGCAGAUUCUUCCAUUAGUAAUCUUAUGGAUUAUAGUCACCGAAGUGGUGAUUUCACAGCUUCGUCCUAUGUUCAAGACAGAGUUCCUUCUUCAUAUUCACAGGGAGCAAGACCAAAAGAUCACUCCAUGAGCACUUUACAGUUGAAUACAUCAUCUACAAACCACCAAAUGCCUUCUGAACAUCAGACCAUAACAUGUUCUAGGGACUCCAGUAGAAAUUCUCUAAGAUCAAAUUUUUCUCCAAGAGAAUUGGAAUCUCCCCAAAGCAGUACACAACCUGGAUUUUCUUAUAUUUCAAAUAGAGAUGAAACCUCAACCAUAAGCAGUUCAGAUAGGGUUGGUUCAUCUCAAAGAUCAUUUCAAGAAUCUUCUGACAAUGAAGGUAGACGUUCAACCAGGAGAUUGCUGUCGCGUAUAGCUUCUAGUAUGUCAUCUACCUUUUUUUCACGAAGAUCUAGCCAGGAUUCCUUGAAUACAAGGUCGUUGAGUUCUGAAAAUUCCUGUGUGUCUCCAAGAAUCUUGACAGCUUCACAGUCUCGUAGCAAUGCAGCAUCAUCUUCUGAUGUCCCUGAUAAUAGGGCAUCUGAAGCUUCUCAGGGAUUUCGAUUUCUUAGGCGAAGAUGGGGUUUGUCCUCUCUUAGCCAAAAUCAUAGCUCUGAGCCAGAUUCAGAAAAUUUUAACCAGGAACCUGAAGGUAGAAAUACAGGACCAUGGUUAUCUUCCUCACUUAGAAAUAGAUGCACACCUUUGUUCUCUAGAAGGAGACGAGAGGGACGAGAUGAAUCUUCAAGGAUACCUACCUCUGAUAUACCACCUAGAUCUCAUCAUAUGUUUAGAAGAGAAUCAAAUGAAGUGGUUCACCUUGAAGCACAGAGUGAUCCUGUUGGGGCUACUGCCAGCAGAUCACAGGCAUCUGCGGCUUCGAGUAAUGCUGCUACUGGUGGCUCCACAUCAGAUUCAGCCCACAGUGGAAGAAAUACAGGAAUAACGGGGAUCCUUCCUGGUUCCUUAUUUCGAUUUGCAGUCCCCCCAGCACUUGGAAAUAAUUUAACCGACAAUGUCAUGAUCACUGUAGAUAUUAUUCCUUCAGGUUGGAGUUCAUCUGAUGGAAAAAGUGAUAAAACUAAAAGUGCACCUUCAAGGGACCCAGAAAGACUGCAGAAAAUAAAAGAGAGCCUCCUUUUAGAGGAUUCUGAAGAAGAAGAAGGUGACUUAUGUAGAAUUUGUCAGAUGGCAGCUGCAUCAUCAUCUAACUUGUUGAUAGAGCCAUGCAAGUGCACAGGAAGUUUGCAGUAUGUCCACCAAGAGUGUAUGAAAAAGUGGUUACAGGCCAAAAUUAACUCUGGUUCUUCGUUAGAGGCCGUAACCACCUGUGAACUCUGUAAAGAGAAGUUGCAGCUUAACCUGGAGGAUUUUGAUAUUCAUGAACUACAUAGAGCUCAUGCAAAUGAACAAGCUGAGUAUGAGUUUAUCAGCUCUGGUCUCUACCUAGUUGUGUUAUUGCACUUGUGCGAACAAAGCUUUUCUGAUAUGAUGGGAAAUACAAAUGAGCCAAGCACGCGUGUCCGAUUUAUUAACCUUGCAAGAACUCUUCAGGCACAUAUGGAAGAUCUCGAAAGUAGGUGGAAUUUCCCCUUCCCAGACUUGUUGAAUUUACUUUUGCAAAUUAAACCCACAGAACAAAACCUAAUCGUAUAUUCUUUCUACCAAAUUAGAGCUUUAUUUAAAGGCUUAAUAAUAGCAAAAUAAUUGAUUUGGGAAAGAUGGGUAGAGCAACUGACAGUUUUUUAAAAGCAUGUAUUUUUUUAAAUUCUAUUUUAAGGUAUAGGAUGUAUUUUAAGUAUUUUAUUUUAAAUAAAAUUUUAUUUUUGAAUGUCUUAGUUUUAGAACUUUUAAUCAAAAAGAAAACAUUCACUGGUCAAACCACACUUCUAAAUCUGUUCAAUUUUUGUGUGUGUCUAUGAAGUUUUACUUGUUACUCAGCUUUGUUAGAUCACUAAAGGUUUUCCCUGGAUUUGUUUGUAGUUCUAGGAAAAUAAGGGUGAAAGAUUCCUAAUUCUGAGUCUAUAACAGAAGCCAUAGUUUUUUUUUGCUCCUUGUUCAGGUCCUCAUGGACCUUUAAUAGGCAGCCAGCUCCGCCAGCAGCUCCAAUUUAAGAUCACGUUCCAGCAUUAGGACUUCUGCCUGGGCUCCUAUGUGAAGGCACUUAAUGCCCAAAUCUUUACAGGCAUCUGCACAGCUUAACCUCAAAGUCCUACAACCUCCAGGGUGCUUCAUAUCAGGUGGGCACAGAUAUCAGUAGCUCUGAAACAAUCCCUGAGAAUCCAAGAUUACUGUACCUAUUGUACUUUUUCACCCAAAGCAACUGGCUCCCCACGGUCAGAUUCCAUUACACUCUUUGAAGUGCUUUAAAAUAUGUAUUCUCCACUGGAUUAUCUUCUGUACUCAUCUUCAAAACACUUGGAGUGUUACCUGUAGUGUGCAUAAUUUUUUUACCUUUAGGGUAAGCUCAGCAUCCUUUAAAGUUUGGGAAGGACUUGGUCUUCAUGGGAACCUUUUAAUGCCUUGAAUAUUCUAAGACACUGAUUUUUGUCAUUAAGUCUGUAUUA